AUGGCUCAGUUGAAAAUUUACGAUUUCCCAAAGGGCCCUUAUCCAGCUCGUGUUCGUAUAGCAUUGGGCGAAAAGAAUCUUCAAUCUCGUGUGGACUUUAUAUUUAUCGAUCUUUACAAAGGGGAACACAAGAAACCUGAAUUUCUUGCGAAGAACUACUCUGGGACUUUACCAGUUCUUGAACUUGAAGACGGAACAUUUAUUGCUGAAAGUUCUGCCAUUACAGAAUACCUUGAUAAUCUUGAAGGUGAAACAACACUUACUGGUAGAAGUCCUCGUGAAAAAGGCAUAAUCCACAUGAUGAGUCGCCGUGCAGAAAUAGAGCUCCUUGAUGCCUACAGUGUUUAUUUCCAUCACGCUACGCCUGGACUAGGGCCUGACGUCGAGCAUUAUCAGAAUAAGGAGUGGGGCCUUCGUCAACUCGACAAAGCUAUUAGGGGUAUGCAUUAUUUUGAUAGUGUUCUUAGAAAGCAACCCUAUAUAGCAGGUGAGGCCUUCUCGAUGGCUGACAUCACGGUAAUCGGUGGUUUGCUUUUUGCAGGAAAGCAUGUACCAAAGGAAUGCGACGCACUUUUAAAAUGGUAUGCAAGGAUGCAAGAACGUCCUAGCUUCAUAAAUCGUGUUACUAUGUCUGAGAAGUAA